AGGAGUACAAAGAAAAGAUCAAUAUCGUUAAGAUAGAUCAUGACGCGAAUCCAAAGCUCAUCGAAGAGUACAAAGUAUAUGGAUUGCCAACUUUGAUCCUCUUCAAAGACGGAAAAGAAGUUCCAGACAGCAAAAGGGAAGGCGCGAUAACAAAAGCUAAACUCAAGGCGUAUCUCGAUGAUCUUCUAAAGACAGUUUCUAUCGCGUAAUGUUCAGAGAAACGCUUUGCAGUUCUGGUAUCACUUCAUCAGUUCAUGAUCACGACGAGAAGCAUCAUUUCGUCUUGUCAGUAUUGCUUAUCCUGUUUUUGCCUUCUGCUCCUCGAUUAACCGCGAAUAGUGAGGAUGCAUUGUAUAUUGUAGCUGUCUACAGGCGAUAACCUGUUUGGAUUUGUAUAUUUGAGCUGUCAAUACGGUGAAAAUAAUCGCGUAUCAGAUUUAUGUAAUAAUUUGCUUUCGUUCAAAGAGAGGAUGAUCGUUUUUAUGCA